ACACAAUUAACAAUUUUUAUAAAUUUUACCUUUAAAAUAUGAAUUCAAAUCAUUCUUUAUAUUUUAUUCAAAUGUUAUUAAUGAAAGUGUCUUGUUUUAUUUAAUUAAAAUUAUAUAGAACAUUUUAUAGAAGGUAUUAAAAUCCAAUAAUAGAAGGAGAAGGACGGGAAGGACCAUAACCUUAAAAAUAUUCUUUUAAAAGCCGAUGUGAUGUACGGAAAUAAAACAAGUGUACACGUAAACGAAUUAUUUAAAAGAGAUUAAAAGGGAUUUUCUCACUAUCGGGAAAAGUAAUCUGAUGGUAAUUUUAUAGCUAAAGACGCGAUAAUGUUCAAUGCCAAAUGAGUCUCGUUUUUUUGUUACUUCCACGUAGAUUAUUUAACUAACGCGUCUUCUACGUGGAUUGUUUUCAUAUCCAAAAGGAUUUAAUUUGUAGAAUCGGACUGAUUUCUUAGCAGUUUCAGGUAAGAAUUAGAACAAGAAGUACUUAAGAUAUUCUUAUUAAAAAAUAAACCUUGUACAAUAUGGUUGUAAAAAAUAUAUGUUGUCUGGGAGCUGGGUACGUAGGGGGUCCCACUUGUAGUGUCAUAGCUUUAAAAUGCCCCGAAAUCAAAGUAACGGUGGUGGAUAAAAGCAAGGAAAGAAUAGCGCAAUGGAACAGCGAUAAAUUACCUAUUUAUGAGCCGGGACUAGACGAGGUGGUGAAAGCAUGUAGAGGAAAAAAUCUGUUUUUUUCUCAUGAUUGUAACGCGGCAAUUUUGGAGGCCGAUCUCAUCUUUAUAUCAGUCAAUACGCCAACAAAGACGUUUGGUAAUGGCAAGGGAAGAGCGCCCGACUUGAAAUUCGUGGAAGGAGCGGCUAGAAUGAUAGCCGAUGUAGCUCAGAGUAACAAAAUUGUGGUGGAAAAAAGUACAGUGCCAGUAAAUGCUGCAGAAAGCAUUAUGAAAAUCCUUAAGGCUAAUCAAAGACCUGGAGUUUCGUACCAGAUCUUGAGCAAUCCAGAAUUUUUAGCUGAAGGUACUGCCAUAAAUGAUUUGCUGAACGCAGACAGAGUACUUAUAGGAGGUGAAGAGUCACCCGCUGGUGAAGCAGCAAUAGAAGAGUUGUGCCAAAUUUAUGAACAUUGGAUUCCCAGGAAAAGAAUUCUUACAACCAAUACAUGGUCCAGUGAACUUUCAAAAUUGGCUGCCAAUGCCAUGUUAGCUCAAAGAAUAUCAAGUAUAAAUUCUCUUUCCGCUGUUUGCGAAGCUACAGGAGCGGAUAUAGCCGAGGUAGCCCGAGCUGUGGGGCUCGAUUCCAGAAUAGGACCCAAAUUUUUACAGGCUUCCAUUGGUUUCGGCGGGAGCUGUUUCCAAAAGGACAUUCUCAACCUGGUCUACAUUUGCGAGUGUCUCAAUCUACCUCAGCAAGCUGCUUAUUGGCAGAGCGUGAUCGACAUGAACGAACACCAAAAACACCGAUUCACCGCCAAAGUGAUCGAAUCCCUGCUAAACACGGUCAGCGGUAAGAAAAUCUGCAUAUUGGGCUUCGCCUUCAAGAAAAACACGGGAGACACUAGAGAAAGUGCAGCGAUAUAUGUAGCAAAGACUCUUCUGGAUGAGGGAGCGUCAAUUAGUAUCUACGAUCCUAAGGUGGAGAAUUCUCAAAUCCAUGAAGACUUGAAGUAUGUGGGAAUCACACCUGAACACAUUGAAAGUCACUUAUCAAUUUUCAAGGAUGCCUAUUCUGCCACCAAGGACUGCCAUGCCAUUAUUUUGUGUACAGAAUGGGACGAAUUUGUGACUCUAGAUUAUGAGGCGAUCUACGAUCAAAUGAUGAAGCCGGCUUAUAUAUUUGAUGGUAGAAAAAUCCUAGAUCACAACAACCUUCUUAGAAUUGGUUUUCACGUAGAAACUAUAGGUUCCCGCCUAGGACAGCCAUUCAAGAACAGAAGAUACAGCACAAGCCCACAAGCCUUAUAACUUAAAAUUACUUUAUUUUAUAAUUUAUAACUUUAUGCAUUUAUAAGUAUUACUUAAAAGUAUUCCGUAUAUUAUUUUUCCAGGUCAGUUUUAAUUGUUUACGUUUAUUUAUGUUUCUGUAUAUUACGCGACAUUUCCAUGAAUUUAAAUCUUGUAUGGUGCUAUUUUAUUAUUAGAUAUUAAGUGCAAUAAAUCAUAAAUAAUGAUUAAUUGAA